AGCCAGCAGUGACAACAUGGCAGUGAUUUCUGGACUUUGUGCUCUUUGCUACAACACUCAACCGCAUGGUAUAAAUAUGGAAAAGCCCAGCACUGACACUCACAGAUACACUGACCUCUAAGAGACAAAAGACAGGCAACCAGAAAAACAACACAGUCAUGAAGGUGUUUGUGGUUCUUGCGAUCGCCGUUUUCUCUGGCUGCAACGGCAACAUUUUCUAUGCCGACGAGCCCAAGCCACAGCUGGAGGUUCUCACUGAUGCCUUCUGGACCUACGUUGCCCAGGCAACACAGACAGCUGAUGAUACUCUGCAGAUGAUCCGGAAGUCCCAGUUGGGACAGGAUGUAAAUUCCCGUCUGACAGAGAGUGCGGAUGCGGCCAGCCAGUAUGCAGUCACCCUGCAUGAGCAGCUGCCCCCCCUGGCCCAGGACCUGGUGUUGAAGAUCGGCGUGGAGGCUGAAGUGCUGAGGGAGCGUCUGAGCCAGGACCUGAGCAACGUCCGAGGCACCCUGGAGCCCUACGCAGAGGAGAUGAAGACCAAGGUCCAGCAGAGAGUGGAGCAGCUCAAACAGGAGCUGGCCCCCUACGCAGAGUCCCUGGACUCCGAGGCCCUGAAGACCACCCUGGUGCAGAAGAGCGAGGAGCUGAAGAUCAGCCUGGAGCAGAGCGUGAAGGAGCUGCAGAGCAAGAUGGGGCCCUACACAGAGGAGCUGAAGCAGAGGGUGGACCAGCGUCUGCAGGAGUUCCAGGACACCGUCGUCCCCAUGGCGGACCAGGUCCAGGUGGAGAUGGCCCAGAGAGCCCUGAUGGUGAGGCAGGCAGUGGCCCCCUAUGCAGAGGAUCUGAAGGGAAAGCUGGACCCCUACGCCCAGGACCUCCAGGCCCAGCUCACCUCCCUCUACCAGUCCUUUGUCAAAGCCCACUAAGCCACCAACUCAAUGAAAGAUGCACAAUAUUCACACCAUGACCUAAAGUGUACCGUGUACCAUGAAUGACACAGAGCUUCAUCCAUUACCACCUAUAGUAUUUAUUAUUUUGAGAACCGGGAGAAAUAUCAUGUUCUAAUGUGUGCUCCUCAAACAUGUAUAUAUACCUUGAGUUUUAAUCGUUUUUCGAAGUCAAGUAACGCAAUGAUGUUUUUUUAAUUUCUGUAAUUUCUCCUCAUUCAUCUGAGAGAAAAUAAAACACAUUGAGCACAAAACACAAAA